AUGCUGAGCAUCGGCUUGGGCAUCAACGUGCUUUUCACCUUGCGUGCGAACGCACGGCAGUUGGAGAAGUCCUUAGCCUACAGGAAGGAGGUUCGUGUGCAGGCGAUUUCUGCAUCCAUUUCCACGUUGGAGGUGUUUCAAUUUCCGCUGUGCCUGGUGAACGUCCGGGACUUUCUGACGUUUGGCCACUUGGUACCCUUCGAAGCCUGCCGCGAGCAGCUCCGCUCCCUGGACAGCUGUGAACAAGCCCAGCAGCUGCAAAGGCAAGAAGGUGUAGUGUUCAUCAGCCACCAAUGGGUGAGCUUUGGGAGACCCGACCCUGUGGGAGUUCAGUACCAUGCGAUGGUCACAGCUAUUCAGCAGCUGCAGCAGAAGGGACUUCAGUGCAAUUGGCUUUGGGUUGACUAUUGUUGCGUUCCCCAGCAGAACCGGAUCCAGCAACAGAGUGCUGUGAACUCCAUCAGCGCGUACACACGGUGUUGCAGCAUGUUCCUGUCAGUGGCACCUUUGUGCUACCACACAGACACAGGUGUUUUGAUGGAUGAGUCCAGCUACGGCCAUCGGAGCUGGUGUCGCUUGGAACGGCUGUGCUACGUCACGUGUCGCCCCUUUACAGAGUGCAAGCUUUGGCGCUACACCGACCACCUCCAGGAGGAGAGGCCGGGUGACUGUGACUGGGAUGACCUUGAAGUGAUGACUGGUGUUACCGCGUGCUGCGAGAACGACCAUCCUGGUGAAUUGUGUGACAAGCAGAGGAUGAUGGGUUUGAUGCUGGGGAUCUAUUGGCGCUUGCUGAGUCUGCGCGAUGACCCUUUGCAUGGCGGUGAGGCCAAGGAGCUGCUCAGGCUUAUCCAUGCCAAUGAAGAGAAGUACUUUCCUUCGACCAUUCAAUUGGGUGACGAUGAGAUUCAGCUCUUCGAAGGAUUUCUACCGGUCUUGCGAGAGCUCUUUGAAGAUGAGAGAUACGAAGAGGUGAAAUCCCAAGGCCUCAAGAAUUCCUGCAGCCUGGCACCAGUGAAGGACCAAGGUGCACUGACCACCGCAGUUCUGCACCAUGGCACGGUGCCUCCGGUCGGAGUCGUGCGGAUCGCCACAGGGACCGUCUUCUGCAGCGAUGCCAAAGCAUUGGCCGAUCAAAAGCAAGAGGCUCGACAGGAGUUCGAGGCGCGUUUGGCGGAGCUGUCCGGAGAUGUUGAGCAAAGCCCUGGAAAUGGCAAUGACAAGGUCGUGGAUCUGUGGCUAGAGUACGCCAACUGGGCCGCUGAAUGGUACCCAACAACUUCAGCAGAGGAGAGAUCCGUGCUGGAGCGGGCCACUGACUUCUUGGCCGAAAAGCCCCAGUUCAACGCCAACCCGAACCACUUGAAGUUGUGGCUUCGCUUGGCAGCGAUGGAGAAAGAGCCACAAGAGAUCUUCCUGUUCUUGUUCACCAAUGACAUCGGCAAGCGGGAGCCCGCUCUCUACGAGGAGUGGGCCUUCGUCUUGGAGAAGCGAAAGGAAUACCAGAAGGCUCAAGAUCUCCUCUUCGAUGGGAUGUUCCAAUGCCGCUUCGUGCGGGAGCAUUACGAUCGACUUUAUGCCUUGCGAGAAGCAUUGAUGAAGCGCAUGGAAGAGCUGGGCAUCGAGGCAGAUCCACGGCGAGGCCCUAGGAUGCUGACCCUUCAGGAGGUUCCACGAUCUCGCCGUCCUGCGCUGAACCCCAUCACCAGUGAUGAGGCGAGCGAGUUGAAUCGCCCAGAGGAGCAGCGACCUUUCGAGUCCAGGUGCCUUUCAUCGGGACGACCUGCUCUCGCACGCAUGCGUGGCGUUCCCGGCUUUAGCAGUCAAGCCAUCUUUGAAGACACAGAGGGCGAUGAGCUCCAACUGCCACGGGAGUCAAUUUUCAGCAACAGUGGCCUGGUGCCGCGACGGGCCCCCAAGCCCGAAAAGAUGCGGGAGAAAGAGAACACGCAGAAGCCAGAGGCAGUCUUCCCAAGAACGGCAAAGGGAGGUCGAGGAAAGAUCCCCAAAGCGAGGCCCGCACCCUGUGCUUCUGCCUGCCCUUUGCCUGUCUACGUGGACGAAGAAUUUCAGGUGGAGAGUGAGAAGCCCUCCAUGCCGAGGAGAGCGCUGCCCAGUGAAGCAUCCUCCUCCGUACCAGAUACGAGCUCUGUCCCAACGCCCCCGAAGCCCACUUGGCCCAGUACGCCGAAGGCGCCUGAGAAGGAGUCAAUACGCAAGCGCCGUGCGGCGCGAGAAGCAGAGGAGAACGCAUCUUCUUCGCUGGCUGUGAGUUUGUCUCAACUUCAUAUUCGUGAGGAGCCACCGCCCAAGCGGGUGUGUCGGGUGGAGGAGGAGGGUAUGGCCGCACAGGCCGCUCCUGGCACUCCCCAGACACCUCCCCGGCGAGCACGGGAGAUUUCCGCCGGUCAGCAUGGCAGGUCCCCGCGCAUGUCACUCAGUUGGAGCCCGCAGCGGACCAGCCCAAGAGCUCGACGAGGAAGCCGCACCAGUCAAAAAGAGACCUCUUCCUCCAAGCGCAGUAUCAAGUCAGAGAUGGAUCAGGAAGGCCUGUCAGCUCUGCAAGCGUUGCAGGGAAUGUUCGGCACAGGCCGAGGUGAGGGCCGAAGCUGUUCGCGGCUGUUAGUCUUUGAAGACUAG